AGAUACCACACCGGUAGCCCGCCGCACAGAGUGGUAAGCAUGGCGAGCACCACAGACAACCGCCUCGACCUCGGCCUCCUCCUCCUCCUCCUCGUGGCCGCCGCCACCGUCGUCCUCGCCGUGGCCGCGGCCCCGGCGCAUACACCGGGAGGCAAUACUGCUACCCCUCCGCCGCCGUUCCGGACGGUGUACGCGUUCGGCGACUCGUUCACGGACACGGGGAACACGCGGUCGACGACGGGGCCCUACUCGUUCGGCUACGUGUCCAGCCCGCCCUACGGCGCCACCUUCUUCCACCGCUCCACCAACCGCUACUCCGACGGCCGCCUGGUUGUCGACUUCCUGGCCGAGGCGCUGGCGCUGCCGUCCUACCUCCCGCCCUACCUCGCCGUGUCCGUCUCCAACGCCAACGCCACGGCGGCCGGAGCCGGCGUCAACUUCGCGGUGGCCGGCGCCACGGCCAUCGAGCACGACUUCUUCGCGCGGAACAACCUCAGCAUCGACGUCACGCCGCAGUCCAUCAUGACGCAGCUGGGCUGGUUCGACGCGCACCUGCUCCGGUCCUCCUCCUCCUCCUCCGCCGCCGCCGCCGCCGACGCGCUCUUCUGGGUGGGCGAGAUCGGCGCCAACGACUACGCCUACACAGUCGUCGCCCGCGACACCAUCCCUCCCAAGCUCGUCCGCACCAUGGCCGUCCAGAGGGUCACCGCCUUCGUCGAGGGCCUGCUGGAGCGAGGCGCCAAGUACGUGAUCGUGCAGGGGCUGCCGCUGACGGGGUGCUUGCCGCUGGCCAUGACGCUGGCGCGCGCCGACGACCGCGACGCCGUGGGCUGCGCCGCCUCCGUCAACCGCCAGAGCUACGCGCACAACCGCCGCCUCCUGGCGGCCCUCCGCGCGCUGCGCCGCCGCCACCCGGCCGCCGUCCUCGCGUACGCCGACUACUACGCCGCGCACCUCGCCGUGAUGCGGAGCCCCGCGCGCCACGGCUUCGCCGAGCCCUUCCGCACCUGCUGCGGCUCCGGCGGCGGCGCCUACAACUUCGACCUCUUCGCCACCUGCGGCUCGCCGCAGGUCACCACGGCCUGCGCGCGCCCCGCCGAGUACGUCAACUGGGACGGCGUCCACAUGACGGAGGCCAUGUACAAGGUCGUCGCCGGCAUGUUCUUCAGUGGCGACGGCUACUGCCGCCCAGCGUUCAAGGACCUGCUGGCCAUGAAAGCCCGCCAGGGGAAGCCGUGAUUUUGAGACAAUCAGAAUGCACGUUCCAAUUACAAUAAGUAGAGCUGCAUGCGUGACGAAUCCAUGUCAUCUUCAUCGUGAACCCUUAACCAUUUAUCAGGCAUUUAUAAUUGGAUCCACAUACGUAUGAUGAUGAUGAGCACAAAGGAUUUAACUUCUAAUGAUGACAACACAUGAAUUGUACUAGAAAGAAACGCAACAAUUCCAGACUCCAAGAACAACAGCACGACUCGUUUCCAGGCUCU